AUGUCCAACCUUGCUGGAGAAGAGGAGGAUCUUGACCGCCCUGGUCUCACUUCCCUUGACUUUUCAAACCUUCUUUCGGCUCAAAGCCUAAAUGAUCAAGAGCCACGAGACAUGUCCUUCAGUUCACAGGAUUUUAACGGGUCUAAUGUUCAUGUAGACCCAUCUGUGAUAUUUCACAUGGGAAAUAUGAAUAAUCUGUCCGAUCAAGCAGAGAUUAAUUAUGCUAUUGACUCAGAAACGCAUAGUGGUUAUUGUAGCUCUUCAGCUUAUCAACAACAAGGCUCUACACUCUCUCGUGCCGAUGCUCAGCCAAUGGGUGAGUAG